UGACAUUAUGACAAGCAUCGCCGUUUCUGGGUCCCGCCAUAUAGAGUUAAGGUUCAACAUCUAAUUUCUAUAGUGCCAGGUAAAUCACAAUUUCAAUUUAUGUCAUGAUGGCCAUGGUACCUUGAACCUUAAACCUUCCCACGCAAGCGCCAUUAGCGUACCCAAAGAUAGCAUUAUGCGGGAUGAUUGACGCUUUAAUAGCCUCAUAGGGCACCGAAUACAAGCCUUAAGGAUGCACAAUACCCGUGCUAGGAUCAUCAAAGUCAUCUCGGGAAAACGCCACCGAGAUUGUUCCAACAUUUCUCCAGUCUCUUGGCACUUUAAACUUUGGUUGAUACGACUGCAGAUAGAGUAUGUUCAACUCUUCACCGUCAUGCUUCUGUAUAUUUCAGAUUAGAUUGUUUAUAGACAGACAGCAAUGUUGUGACUAAUGAGAUAUCUGUACCUCAGGGUUAUAGGCAACCUUAUAUCAGUCUUGUCAUAUUUAUAUAUACCACAGUCUAGAAGCUGCAAACAUCAGUCAUUCAUUCAUUCAUUCUCUUUACAUCAAUCCAUCAAUAGCCUAUCCUCCUCAACCAGAUCCUCAAUUCUCAUAUCUAUCUCGUACAUUCAUUCAUUUUCAAUAUUCAAACAUCAUCAUGGUUUCCAUACUCCUCAAAACCGUUGCUCUCCUUUCCCUCGUCGGCUUCUCAGUAGCUGACCUCCACAAAUUCGGUAUUUGCGUAGAUGUCAAGGGAGGCGCAGUAUGUUUUCAAUUUCCAUAUCUUCUUCCUCAAACAGCACACCUA